UUGUCCUUUUCCGCUGUGGCUGCUCCCACUCCUCUCCCUAACCAAGGCAGCGAGCUUUGACUCCUUUCUCUCCUUUUCAUCGCUCCCACACCUGUGAAGAGAUCGAGUUUUGGAGAUACAAUAUAGAGAAAGAUCCUGGCUUUCUUCCCUUCUAUCCUGGCUUAGGUGUUGCGACGAUAAAAAUCAAAACUUGGGGGUGAGAGAGCAGAGAAAUCUGCAGCCUUUCUUCCUUUUCCUGUAUUUUCGACUCCAAAGGCCUCAAAAAAACCGGAUUUUGGAGAGAGAUAUAUAGCGAAGCCACCAAGUCUCCGGUCUUUUCCGGUGGUUCUAGGCCAAUGGCGUUAGUUCCUGUGUUCAGGUUCGUUCUCUUGUUUCUUCUCGCUGUGGAGCUCGAGCUCUCAUGGGGUAACCCGGAGGUGAGGGCGCUGAUGGAGGUGAAGGCGGCUCUGGAUCCGGAGGACCGGAUCCUCUCAUCAUGGACCAGCGAAGGGGACCCGUGCCGAGGAAACUUCGAGGGAGUGGCCUGCAAUGAGCACGGGAAGGUGGCGAACAUAUCGCUGCAAGGGAAGGGGCUCACGGGCUCCAUCUCGCCGGCGGUUGCGGGCCUCAAGUGCCUCUCCGGGCUAUACCUGCACUACAAUGCCAUCACCGGGAAGAUACCGAGAGAAAUCGCCAACCUCACCGAGCUGUCCGACCUCUACCUCAACGUGAACAAUCUCUCCGGAAGCAUUCCCGUGGAGGUUGGGACCAUGACGAGCCUCCAAGUCUUGCAGCUGUGCUACAACCAGCUCACCGGGAGUAUACCGACCCAGUUGGGGCGUUUGAAGAAGCUUAGUGUUCUUGCUCUGCAAUCCAAUCAAUUAAGUGGCGCUAUCCCCGCGAGCUUGGGAGACCUAACCCAGUUGACGCGAUUGGACUUGAGCUUUAAUCGGCUAUUUGGUUCAAUACCUGUCAAGCUAGCUCAGAUCCCUCAGUUGACCGUGCUUGAUGUUCGAAAUAACUCUCUUUCCGGCAAUGUCCCAUCUGGUUUAAGGCGGCUGAGUGGAGGAUUCCAUUAUGGAAACAAUAAAGGUCUUUGUGGAGUUGGAUUUGCUUCGCUUGGAGUUUGUGAUUCUGAUGAUCCCCUCAUGCCGAAUAAACCUGAACCCUUCGGGCCUGAUUCUCGUGGAUUCAGGCCGCAACAGAUUCCUGAGUCGGCUAACUUGAACUCAAAUUGCAAUGCCUCUCGCUGCUUGAACUCCCCGAAGUCCUUCAGUGGAACUGUCAUUGUCGGAAUAGUUGUGGUUGCAGUUGGUGUGAUGGUCUGUGGGCUAUUUGCCUUUGUGUGGUACCGUCGCAGGAAGCAAAAGAUUGGCAGUGCCCUUGAGGUUUCAAACAGUCGGUGUAGCACUGACCAGCCAAAGGAAAUGUUUCGGAAGAGUGCCUCCCCACUCAUCAGCCUCGAGUACUCCAAUGGAUGGGAUCCUUUGGCUGACGGUAGGAGUGGUGUUGGGUUCUCUCAGGAGGUCUCCCGGAGCUUUAGGUUCAAUCUGGAGGAGGUGGAGUGCGCGACUCAGUACUUUUCAGAGGUUAAUUUGCUCGGGAAGAGCAAUUUCGCUGCAACUUAUAAGGGCAUCUUGCGAGAUGGGAGCAUUGUUGCUAUUAAAAGCAUCAACAAGACAAGCUGCAAAACCGAGGAGGCUGAAUUCUUGAAAGGUCUGAAAUUGCUCACACUUCUGCAUCACGAAAAUCUCAUAGCUCUGAGAGGGUUCUGCUGCUCAAGGGGAAGGGGAGAGUGCUUCCUCGUCUAUGAUUUUGUCACAAACGGGAGCUUAUUGCAGUAUCUCGAUGUGAAGGACAAUGCCCAAAGAGUUCUUGACUGGCCUACAAGAGUUUCCAUCAUCAAAGGCAUUGCAAAAGGCAUCCAUUAUUUACACAGUAGCAGACCGAACAAACCCUCGAUCGUCCACCAAAACAUAUCAGCUGAAAAAAUCCUUAUCGAUCAGCAUUUCGCCCCUCGGCUCUCCGGCUCUGGUCUGCACAAACUUCUUGCUGAUGAUGUCGUCUUCUCAACCCUCAAAGCCAGUGCUGCAAUGGGUUAUCUGGCCCCUGAGUACACCACAGUCGGACGGUUCACCGAGAAAAGCGAUGUCUACUCGUUUGGAGUUGUCAUCUUCCAAAUCCUCACAGGAAAGACAAACGUAACUCAGUUGCGACCAGGUCCAGAUUCCAUCAAGCUAGAAGACACCCUCGAUGAGAAUCUUCACGGUAAUUUCUCCAAACCAGAGGCCGCGAAGCUGGUGGGGAUCGCGAUGAUUUGUAUGAGUGAGAUGGCGAACCAGAGGCCGACGAUGGAGACGGUGCUUCAACAACUGAGCAUCAGCUGCUGAUUUCUGUGGACUGUAGUCAUUGUUUCCUCUUUCCAACAUACUGCACUUUCAGUUCUGGGAAUGUUUAGUGCAAGAUGAUGGGAAGACUCCUGUGACCAUUGCUAACCACUGAUCAAGAAAAAUAGACAUGUCCUCGAUCAAAGACCUCUGCCUGCUGGGGUAACCAAGUCAUGUGGCAUACUCUUAUUGCUACUCCUUGAUCCGUGUAUGUAAUCUUUGUCGACUGAUGCAGCUGUAGAAACCUUGUGGCUUAAUUCUGCUUUGUCAAUGUACUAACUCUGUCUUGUUUCCUUUCUACCAAAAAAAGGAAAAAGUUCUAUCUGUCCUUGGAAGUAUUUUGGCCUGUCUUCAAAUUGUAUGGAAACUAAAAUUCUUGAUAGUUCAUCUUCCCAGAUAAGCAAUCAGGCUUUUAUCA